GUCGACCUCAACCGAUGCGAGCCGUGGGAGCUUCCUGAUGCGGCGAAAAUGGGGGAGAGGGAGUGGUAUUUCUUCAGCUUGAGAGACCGGAAGUACCCGAGCGGGCUGCGAACAAACCGGGCGACCGGCGCUGGCUAUUGGAAGGCAACGGGGAAAGAUAGGGAGGUGGUGAGCGGUGCGAAUGGGGGCCUUCUUGGGAUGAAGAAAACCCUAGUUUUUUACAAAGGCAGAGCCCCCCGAGGGGAGAAGACCAAGUGGGUCAUGCACGAGUACCGCCUCGACGGCGACUUCUCCUGCCGCCACACCGCCAAGGAUGAGUGGGUGAUAUGCAGAAUUUUCCACAAGGCAGCUGAGAAGAAGAGCUUG